UGGAUGUCGCUGCUGAGCCCACAGCUGUGGGACAUCCCUCUGCACCAGCUGUCCAUCCCAGGCAGCCAUGACACGAUGACGUACUGCCUGAGCAGGGAGUUCCCAAUCUCCCGUGAGCGCUCCAGGAUGCUGCACCUGCUGGGUAGGUUCGCGCCCUGCAUCACAUGGCCUGUGGUGCUGAGGUGGUCGGUCACGCAGACCCUGGAUGUGACAAAGCAGCUGGACACCGGUGUGCGGUACCUGGACCUGCGCAUCGCACAUGCGCCCUGCGGGUCAGCGAAGAAUCUGCGCUUCGUGCACAUGAUGUACAGCUCGGCGCUGGUGGAGGACACCCUCACGGAGAUCUGCGAGUGGCUGGAGUCGCAUCCACGAGAGGUCGUGAUCCUGGCCUGCAGGGACUUCGAGGGGAUGACGCCCGAGCUGCACGAGUACCUCGUGGGGUGCAUCAAGAACAUCUUCGGGGAUGCGCUGUGUCCAAGAGGGGACAUCCCCACGCUGCGGCAGCUGUGGGCGUGCGAGCAGCAAGUGAUCGUGUCCUAUGAGGACGAGGCCACAGUGAGCCGCCACGAGCAGCUGUGGCCGGGGAUCCCGUACUGGUGGGCGAACAAGCAGGACACGCAGGACCUGCUGCACUACCUGGACACCAUGAAGGGCUGCGGCCGCCCAGGUGGCCUGUUUGUGGCGGGCACGAAUCUCACGGAGAACCCAAGCUAUGUGCUCUCCCACCCAUCCGGGUCAGUAGAGAAGAUGACUUUGCAGGCCCUUCCUGCCCUGACCAACUGGGUGUGUGCACAGCUUCCGGGGCAGGAGUCCUACUGUACCAACAUCAUCGCAGGUGACUUUGUGGGAGCCAGCAGUUUCGUGAGCGAUGUCAUAGCGUUGAACAGGAAGCUCCUGCCGCCCUGA